CUGCGGCUUUCGGCGAGUCCGUGCUGGGCAGCCCUUCUCCCAGUUCGCUUCCGACGGCCGCCAUUGCUCCUUCUUCCUCAGCCCCCUUUUGAUCGUUUUUUUCCCGCCCGUUUUUCUGGGCGCCAUUUUUUGAAAUUCAAAAUUCCCGCCUUUUUCGUUACCAUUUUUUAAGCAUCGGAUACCUCCCCUGCAGGCUAUCUAUCUGUAUGUUUGUGUAUAUGUGCUGCUGACAAAUUUACACAAGGCUGAUUUACACACAUUUUUACUGUGGCUGUAAUCAUAGUGGCUGAAUUGUAUUAUUAAGGCUGGAGCUCCAAUCCUAGUGGGCUGGAUUGUAUUAUCAAGGCUGGAGCUUUAAUCCUAGUGGCUGGAUUACAUUAUCAAGGCUGGAGUUUUAAUCCUAGUGGCUGGAUUACAUUAUCAAGGCUGGAGCUUUAAUCCUAGUGGCUGGAUUACAUUAUCAAGGCUGGAGCUUUAAUAUCAGUGGCUGACUUGUACUAAAUCUGAUUUACAUUACAUAUCCUGCCCCCUAUGGGGCCGUGAACAAGCCAAAAACCCAGCCUACAGCACUAAUCUGAGUGUGCCAACUCUAAAACAGCCUAUAUUAUAUUAACGUUGAUACCUCUGUGCAUUCUGCCCCCUCUGUGGCAGUGCAUUCGCCAUCUGCCAGUGUAUCCUACCCCCUCCGUGGUAGUACGCUGUGCCAGUUCGGGUCUUUACAUCCUGCCCCCUCCGUGGCAGUGUACUGCACCCAGGUUCAUAUAAGAUGGCAGAACAGCCAGGCAUGUCACCAUCAACACACAUGGUGCCAGAUCAGCCAGACAUGCCACAAUCAGCCAAGCCACAACAUACUAACACGUCUAAGACCAGACAUGCCAAAGCACUGGCUAAGACAAAACAUCUUUCCAGCCAUAGUAAACCAAAGCGCCCUCGUUAUGUCUCUGUGCCAACAACCACCACAGCACAGACACACAUAAGUGAUAUUUUCCAUUCUCCUGCUCCUGCCUCUGACGAGGAAGAGUUUGUUGGCUUUCCCCCUCACGGUUCGCCUAACGAACCUACCUCUGGCUUACCGCCUCAGACAUCUGUUCCAAUAGCCCACCAGGCACAUACAUCUCACACAUCUGGUCUGCAGCUGUCUCCUGAUUUCCUCUCCCAACUCCAAGCCAUGCUGGCUUAUUUCACACAAAUGCAGUCACUACCACAGGUUCCUGCCAGACCCCCACUCAACAUGGACCAACGCGCGUUCCAUGCUGCUCAUCCUUCCUGCUCGCCAGAUCCCUUCGAUUUAGCCAGAGGCAGAUGUACGGACGAAGCCUCGUAUGCGGAGGAGUUAACUUUCACUGACCAUGUUGAAGGAGACGACUGGAGCGACUAUUCAGAUCAUGAGGAGGAUACAUCGUAUCGCUUGUUCAAUACCUCAGAUUACCAACCGCUCGCACGUAGGGUACUUCAUACCCUUGGUCUCCAGACUGCGCCCUCAACUUCGUCCGCUCCAACUCUCAAAGGGGCCAAGGUCCUCAAAUCCCCUGCACCUACUGAACACUACAUCCCGGUGCCGGACCCAAUUGCCAAAUUAGCUUCCGAAGAAUGGGCCCACCCGCUCAAAGCUCGACGCUUCAAGAACAUGGCUGACAGACUUUACGCCCUAGCACCAGACUUCGCCACCAAGUUAGAUGUCCCUGGCAUAGAUGAACCGAUCGCUCGCCUCGUUUCACGAUCUAUCUUGCCCAGGGAAGGGGAAUCCCACCUAAAAGAUACUACUGAACGUCGAAUAGACUUCGCCCUCCGCAAGAACCACGAGGCCACUGCCCUAGCCAUGCGUGCCUCUGCCUCAGCCUCCAUCUUCUCCAGAGCAUCUAUGAUGUGGCUGGAUGACCUUCUAGAGGACGAUAACCCUGAUCCUGUCACCUUCAAAAGAGCACUAUUGAAGUUACGUAAGACAGCAGCCUUUGUGGCCGAUGCCACUUUGGAUGCCACCCAAUUAGGGGCACGAGCCAUGACGACUCAAAUAGUCGCUCGUCGCACCCUCUGGCUUCGCCACUGGCAAGCUGAUUCAGCGGCUAGAUUGAACCUGUCCAAGGCUCCUUACUCCGGAUCUCUACUCUUCGGUGAGGAAGCUCUAAAGGCAGUUCUGGUUGAUCCAAAAGACGCCCACAAACCGGUUCUAGCCACAAUCAAGAACAUCGACCACAGGCCCCUCAGGCGAUUUCCCUCCUUUCGUUCUAACCAGCCCUUUCGAGGAACGCGACCAGGAGGACGAGGCCGCGAUUUCAGACCCUAUGAUUCCAACGCAUUCAGGGGCUCCUGGAACCGACGCCCCCAGGGCAGAGACCUACGGCUGGCUGGUCAACUUCGACAAAAGCCAUCUCCAACCAACCCAACGCCUACUACAUCUUGGGGCAAUGUUGGACACCCUGCAGGCAAUGGUCUUCCUGUCUCCAGAUCGCAUCACUGCCAUCACAAGCAUCGCAAGGUCCCUGAUGCAACAAACAUCCGCAGACGUCAUGCUUCUCGCCAGAGCGCUCGGGAUGUUUAUCUCCACAAUCCACAUUGUACCCUGGGCUCGAGCUCACACUCGGCCCCUUCAGUGGACUCUGUUGCCUUUUCAAAAAGACAUUGCCAGCUCCAACCAUCGCAAAGUUCAUUUGAGCCCCGCUCUGCGCCUCUCCUUCCGCUGGUGGACCAAGGUUCAACACCUCUCCAAGGGCACGUCGUUCAGAGAACCCCGCAGAACCGUCGUGACCACAGACGCCAGCCUCAUAGGUUGGGGAGCCCACUGCAACUCCCAGUAUGUUCAGGGGGUUUGGCCCAACGCAGAGCGAGCUCGAAGCAUCAACUGGCUGGAACUAAAGGCUGUCCACUUGGCUCUAUGUCAUUUUCAGUCUCUGUUCCCUUUGCAUCAUGUGCUCAUUCGAACAGACAACACGAGUGUAAAAUCACAUUUGAACAGACAAGGGGGCACCAGGUCUCGUCCUCUGCAGGACUUAGCCUCCCUCAUCUUUGUCUGGGCAGAACAACAUCUACAAUCCCUGAAAGCAGAGCACCUCAAAGGGAUUUUGAAUGUGACAGCAGACUGGCUCAGCAGACAACAGGUCUUCCCGGGAGAAUGGAAACUUCAUCCAGCCAUUUUCCAUCGUCUCCAGUGUCGGUUCGGCGCCCUCUCAGUCGACCUGUUUGCUUCCAGUCACAAUUGCCAGCUUCCCAGGUACUUUGCCCGAUACCUGGACUCAACAGCAGAAGCAGUGGAUGCUCUGACAACACCGUGGCCAGAUGGUCUAUUGUACGCCUUUCCUCCCAUACCAUUGUUAGCCAAAACCUUGAGGAAGGCGCGAACCGAAAGGGCACAGCUGGUUCUGAUAGCACCAUUUUGGCCACGCCGUCCGUGGUUCUCAGAUCUUCUGGCAAUGUCAAUGAUGGACCCUUGGACACUUCCAGUAACGCCAGACCUCUUAUCCCAGGGUCCAGUACUGCACCAGGACCCUACUUGGCUCAAUCUAACAGCGUGGCGUUUGAACGGAGACACUUGAGGUCAGCUGGACUGUCUGACGCUGUGAUUGAUAUUAUUUUGGCCUCGAGAAGACCAUCUACCACUCGCAUUUAUCAACAUACCUGGGUGGCUUUCUCCAAGUGGUGUCAGUCCCACCACCACGAUCCAUCCCAGGCCAAUGUGCACCAGGUGCUCCAAUUUCUCCAUAGUGGCUUUAUGAUGGGACUUUGACCCAACACUCUACGUCGACAUGCGUCUACUCUGUCAUCCAUUCUCUCAGUGUCCUCUCCUGGAGAUCAUAUUUCCUCACAUCCGUUCAUCAAACGU